AUGGGUUCAAUUGGUUUUGAAAGCUCAGGGACAGAGGUUGUCACCGUUGAUGUAAUUGAAGCCAAGGGUCUGAUUCAGACCAGCCAUGUUUAUCUGGAUGUCAGGACGGUGGAAGAGUUCCGGAAAGGGCACGUGGAUGCAGAGAAGAUCAUUAACAUUCCUUACAUGUUCAAUACACCAGAAGGUAGGGUGAAGAACCCGGAUUUUCUGAAGGAGGUUUCAUCUACUUGCAAGAAAGAAGAUCACCUCAUUGUGGGUUGCCAAAGUGGAGUUAGGUCUCUUUAUGCAACUGCUGAUCUUCUGGCUGGAGGUUUUAAAGAUGUGAGCAACAUGGGAGGAGGUUAUCUGGAUUGGGUUAAAAACGAAUUUCCAGUGAAAGCACUUGUAACAAAAAAGGAGCUCUGA